AUGCCCCGGCUCCUGAGAAGUGUCCUUUCUGUAAUCGAGAUCUUCUACAAGUAUACCAGGAAAGACGGCGAUGGGAUGACAAUGACCUGCAGAGAGCUAAAGCACCUGCUCCAAGGAGAGUUUGAGGACAUCCUUCAGCCAUAUGUCCUUCAUGCUGUGGAGAAAAAUGUGAACCUUCUGGAUACUGGCAGUGAUGGCAGCAUUAGUUUUGAUGAUUUUGUCCUUGCAAUCUGUAACUUGUUAAACCACUGUUACCUUGACAUACAAUCAUUAAAUUCAGAACUAAAACGAAUAUCUAAACCAGAGAAGGAAACACCAGAUGAUGUGGAUUCUCAGACAACCAGAAGUGGUCAGCAGAGAGAAGAAACCCCACCUACUAAAGACAAUGUGGUACUUCCUUCAGGAAUGGCACCAUCAUCUGAAGUCAAAUUUGAAAAGAGGGGAGCAGUUAAAAAUAAUGAGGCGGACCCAAGAGAACACUCCAAAACUCAUAAACUACCUGGAGAAGCAUCUGAGCACAAUGACUCUAAGAACACACAUGUGGAAGGGGAUGAGCAGGAAGUAGCCCAAGAUGUACAAACAGAAGUAGACAGUGGGACCCAGCUUGAGACAAACAAGGCAAUGACAACAUCAGAACAGACCUCCAGUCCCACAAAGGAGGAGGAACCAGAAAAAGAUGCUGACAGGAAAUCAUGUGAGUCAGAGAAAUCAACUGCAUAUGUGAUUGAUGGUAGAGUAUGUGAAGUCCAAGAACUAGGAAAGGGUGAUGCUGAUCGGACACUACCAGAGACAAAGUAUUCAGCUGAGCCUGAUAAUGAAGGUAGAAUAGCUGAGACUCAAGAGCCACCAGCACAAGAAAAAGAACAGGAAACAAAGAGCCUUCCAGUUCAAGAUGACAUAAAUAUUUCAGAAACACAUGAUGUUAAAACUAAAAGGAAACUGGGGAGAGGCCAUGAAACCCAUGAAAUAGGGCAGAAAGAAAGUGAGAUAAAAACUCAGACAUCAGCCCUGGAAGUCCAAAUACAAGACAGGAAGCAUCAGGAACUUCAGGGACCAUCAAAAGAAAGGGAAGCUACAAAAGGGUCUGAGACACAAGAUCUGACCUCAGAAGGAAUAAAUCAGAAUCAUCGUGAAAUUGAAAAGGCAGAAACCCCAAGAGAAGAUGUAAGAUACACUGAGAAAGACACAGCAGACAUACUUGUGAGCAGCAAAAAUGCCCCAGUAUUAGAAGGAGCACUAGGAGCAAGGGAAAGAACACAGGAAGAAUCACCACUUGAAAGCCCAUCUGGAGGAGAAGACAACAUUGCCAAGACUCAAGACAAGUCAACAAAGGAGGGUGACAGUGACCAGGGGGAAGAUCUUGUGCCACCAACCACACAGAAUGAAGGGUCCUCUGAAACCCCCAAAAGCUUGCCUCCAGAGGAAGGUGACAGAAGCUCAGAAACAGGCGACCUACCUGCACAAGGCUCUACCCACAGUCAGGUAGACACACAGGAAGAGUCUAUGCAAGGAGACUGCAACAAUGACUCAGAUGCCCAGAGACAGGCAGCAAUGAGUGAGAAACACAAAUCUCAGGAGUCGAUGGUACUGGCAGUCAGAGGAGAGUCAGAGCAGCGCACCGAGGAACAAGAACAAUUUCUCAGAGAAGAAUACAAGAGUCAGGGCUCAGAGACCAAAGGCCCAGGUCCAGAUGUAGAUCUUAAUAGAUACCCAGAGGCACAGCAGUCUACAGUAGGAGGUGAAAAUGGACAGUCCGUGGAGAUUGAGAUUCCAGAAACCCUGGAUGCAGAUAAUAAUGGUCAGCUUUCUGUAGAGCAACAACCCACUAAGGGAGAUGGUAGGAAACAACUGAAGGUCCAGAGCUCAGGUACUGAAGAAGGUAGAGCAUCGGAGACCCAGGAAACUCCAUUAAAAAGUCUGGAUGAGGACAAUUCAACCUCCCCUGAGACACACCAUGAAACAGAGGAACUCGCAACAUUACAAGAAGAGAAUGGAAGUGUCCAGGAGCUGGCAGAAGGUGAUGACCAACAACAUUCAUCCAAGAAAGGGCGAUAUUCUUCAGUUCCCCAGUCAGACCUUGAAGAGAGAAUGCAGAGGGACCAACAACCCUGUUCUGUAAAGAAAGGUUCACUCAAUCCCGGCUCACUAUACGAAUAUCUUCAGGAAGAGAUUCCACAGCAAACAGACAUAACCCAAGAAGAGCAUCAAAAACAAGUUCAGUCAGCAGGGGCAUUGGGCCUAGAGUUCAGCACCAACCAAUCAAGUGCAUCCCUCAGCCAAGCAUUACAACAGCACACCAGGGAACUUUUGCCUGAUGAGGCUCCUGCUGACCCAGAGCAGAUAUCAGCAAUCAGGACUCCAGAAGAAAAGUAG